AUGGAGGCGCUGCGGCGGCCGGCGCUGCCCGAGGACGCGGUGCGCUCCCGCCUGUUCGCGGCGGCGGCGGGCCCGGGCGGCGAGGCGCUGCUGCGGCGCUGCGUUGAGCUGGCCCUGGUGCGCUUGGCCCCGCUCCUGGCCGCCUGCGUGUGGCAGCGGCAGCCGUUCCGCCUGCGCUACGUGCCGGGCCGCGGUGAGCCGGGAGCGGGCCGGGAGGCGCGGCGGGAGGAGCGCCCGGAGCGGAGGGACUGGGAGGGGCACCCGGCGGCCGGGAACCGGGAGCCACUGGUGCAGCAGCAGUUUGUUCCAGACAGACGCAGUGGAUACACCCUGCCCGCCCCAGCUCAUCCUCAGUACGGAGCCUGCGAGCUGGGCAUGAAGCUGGCUCAUGGCUUUGAAAUGUUGUGCUCCAAGAGCAGUAAAGUGGCUCCUGAUGCCAAGAGAAACGUGUUAAGCGGUCCUCUGUGGGAGAGAUUCCUCAGGAGCUUGAAGGAGAAGGAUUAUUUCAAGGGAGAAAUGGAAGGAUCAGCCAAGUACCUGGAACUGUUGCACAUGGCAGAAGAUCACUUCCAGCAAUCUGUUGCAGUGCCAGAAAGCUGUGAUGAAGUGAGCCCAGGUGAUGAAAUCCUGACACUACUACAGACAACCCCCAUUGAUGUGAAGGAAUUGGAGAGAGAAGCAGCUUGUCUUCCUGCAGAGGAUGAUGACAGCUGGCUGGAUAUUACACCAGGUGCUCUGGAUCAGAUGCUGAGGGAGACAAGAAAUGAGUCCCUUCCUUCCCCAAAUGAGGAGGAGCAAAAGUAUGACUUGGAAACAGUUGCUGAGAGCAUGAAGGCUUUUGUGUCCAAAGUCUCCACGCAGGAAGGAGCAGAAAUGCCAUGGUCAUCUGAUGAAUCCCAUGUUACCUUUGAUGUGGAUUCUUUUACAAAAGCCCUGGACAGAAUUUUAGGGGCAGACUUGGAGGAGCUGGAUUGUGAUGAUGUGGAUGAAGAGGAGGAGUUUGGUUUCUCAGCUGAGGAUGAUGAGGAGCUGGAUGCUGGGAAUGGAAGGCAGGAGCAGAAGGUGUCUCCUGAGGAGCUCGUGGGCAGUCUCAAGGCGUACAUGAAGGAGAUGGACCGUGAGCUGGCACAGAGCAACGUUGGGAAAAGUUUCAGCAGCCACAAGAGAGGGGCAAGUUCUGUUGGAGCAGCCCCAUGUGAGAGUGCUGGCCCUGAUUGUGGAGCUGAGGCUGCUGAGCUGGCAGCCCUGGCUGUGGACAUGAACCUGGUGGCAAAGCUGCUCGAGUCCCACAGUGCCCAGGCUGGCCUGGCAGGACCCAGCUGGAACAUUUGACAGAGCCUGGGGGUGAAUUUACCUGAGAGCACAGAGCUCACUGGCAGCUGAGCAAGGCAGGGAGAGCCUUUGCACAAGACAUGGCUGCUGGGGAGAUGGAGCACAGACACACAAGCAGGAUGUGGGAGAAGAGGCCAAAGCAGUUCAGGGAGAGCACUGGCAGGUUGGACAGGGAUUAGAGAUGGACAGCAAGAGCUGGGAAGUGUGAAGAAGGUUCUGCUACAUUUCAAGGAAUUUGGACUGCUGAGAGCAGCUUCCCAGGGGAGCCCUGCAAGGCUCUGGGAGUGCUCCCAGGAGAGUUUGCCAUGGAAGAAGAAGCAUUUCCAUGCUGCCUCUUCCACUGCUUUGAGGUAACACACGAGGCAUCUCCACUUUUAAUUCUGAGAGUGUUUUUAGUGAAGGAAGCCUGAUGGAAUUAAUUAGGGCAGACAAGUGGUGUGUGGUUCCCUUUCAAUGGAUUUCUGUCCAAGUGUAUUCUGGAGUUGUUUAACUGGUUAAUUUUCCCUUAUAGUCUGUGUUUCAACUGGGGGAAUCCCCAUUCACCUGCAAUGUUGAGGGUAUCAAUGGAAAGAAACCCUGCCUUGGCCAUUAUUUCAGGGCUAUCAAUGGAUGGGGAAUCCCCAUUUUCUUGCUGAAAUAGAUCACGGAACACCCUUUGUGAUGGGAUUUUAUAGGUUUGAA